GUGUCUGCUGGUGUGGUGCUGUGGAGAGGCGGAAAGAGUGAUAGCGGGAGAGGCGGAAAGGAUAGACUCACUGGUCCUCCGAGAACUGAUAGUGACACGCGGUGGCGUUGAGAUAGUGAAAUGGUGCAGCGGUUGUGUGAUGGUGGCAGUGGCGGAGUUGGUGCCGGCUGGUGAUUUGGUGUACGAUGUAGCUGCCUGGUAGGCAGAUAGAUCACCGUUAACCGAAUCGGAAACUGGAGGAUUUUCCGUUGAAGUGUCGAUCAUAGAAGCGACUCGCGACAGGCCAGUCAGUUUGUAAUCACUCUGGCAGCCUAAGAAGACAAGCUGCAGCUGGGAAUACACCAAUACAGUCAAGCAGACAUAGAGGCGAUUCGCCAACCUCAGCUGAGAUGGGCCAACGUCAGCGAAUCGUGUUUUGGCUCGCCGGACUGGUCAACUUUGGCGUCUCUGCCAGCGUGGGAACAAUGGCACCGUUCUUCCCACAGGAGGCAACGUCUCGGGGAAUGUCGGCCACCACCGCUGCGCUGGUGUUCGGCGCCUACCCCCUGUCAGCCCUGGUCUGCUCAGCAUUUAUGACCAAACUGGUACCGUUUCUGGGACCGAAGAACGUGUUCGUAGCUGGAACGGUGGCAGUCGGAGUUGGAAACGUAUGCUUCGGUCUGCUCAUCUACGUCCGAGAUCUCCAGAUGUUCACCAUCUACUGCUUCGUCAUCCGGGUGAUGAUGGGCACAGGAUCGGGUGCCAACCUCACCUCCACCUUCACCUAUGUGGCCAGCACGUUCACAGAGAAGAUCUCGCUCACUCUGGGCCUUCUGGAGGUGUUCACCUCCCUGGGUCUCUGCGUGGGACCCGCCCUCGGGGGUCUUCUGUUCGAGGUGGGCGGAUACAGCAUGCCUUUUUACGCCGUGGGAGCGUUUCUGCUUCUUUUGCUACCCAUCAACGCGCUGGCGAUGCCCAAAAUCGAGGGUCGCUCAAGCCAUUCGCUGUCAUACGGCCGGGCCCUCAUCUACCCUCCCAUGUAUGUCACACUCGGAGCCGUUGCCAUGGUAACCAUGGUGUUUGCGUUUUUCGACGCGACAGUUGCACAACAUCUUGCCGACAGGGUAAGUCGAGCUGAAGAUCUUUUGCCUUGGCUGCUGUACAUUUUUUCUUCGAAACAAUUAAUAAUUGUGGUGAAGUUGUCUUGA